GUGGUCGCUGUGGGCGGGGAGCACGAGCUGAAAACUGAGAACGGGAUAGCGCGUGCUGAAGGAUUCUCGGAGAACGACCUUGUAAAAGUGCGCUCGAGCUCAACUGUUCGCACAGUUACAGCGUAACGAGUCGAAUUCGUUCACCAAGACAGAAUGAGAGAAAUAGUUCACGUACAAGCCGGGCAGUGCGGCAACCAGAUAGGGACAAAGUUCUGGGAAGUUAUAAGCGAUGAGCACGGAAUUGAUCCAGCUGGAAACUAUGUCGGUGACUCAAGCCUUCAACUUGAAAGAAUUAAUGUAUACUACAACGAGGCGUCAUCCCAUAAGUUUGUUCCUCGAGCAGUGCUGCUGGACCUGGAGCCAGGAACUAUGGACAGCGUUCGCUCCGGUGCAUUUGGAGAGCUUUUUAGGCCAGACAACUUCAUCUUUGGGCAGACAGGUGCAGGGAAUAACUGGGCGAAGGGCCACUACACAGAGGGAGCGGAGCUAGUGGACUCUGUGCUGGAUGUGGUGAGGAAAGAGUGCGAGCACUGUGACUGUCUGCAGGGCUUCCAGCUCACGCACUCGCUGGGCGGCGGCACAGGCUCGGGCAUGGGCACCCUGCUCAUCAGCAAGGUCCGCGAGGAGUACCCCGACCGCAUCAUGAACACCUUCAGCGUGAUGCCCUCGCCCAAGGUGUCCGACACGGUGGUGGAGCCCUACAACGCCACGCUGUCUGUGCACCAGCUGGUGGAGAACACGGACGAGACCUACUGCAUCGACAACGAGGCGCUCUACGACAUCUGCUUCCGCACGCUCAAGCUGGCCACGCCCACCUACGGCGACCUCAACCACCUGGUGUCUGCCACCAUGAGCGGGGUCACCACCUCCUUGCGCUUUCCCGGGCAGCUAAACGCUGACCUGCGCAAGCUGGCCGUCAACAUGGUGCCCUUCCCCCGCCUGCAUUUCUUUAUGCCAGGCUUCGCCCCGCUGACAGCACGAGGUAGUCAGCAGUACCGCGCCCUCACAGUGCCCGAGCUCACGCAGCAGAUGUUCGAUGCAAAGAACAUGAUGGCAGCGUGUGACCCACGCCACGGCCGCUACCUCACCGUGGCGACAGUGUUCCGCGGGCCCAUGUCCAUGAAGGAGGUGGAUGAGCAGAUGCUGGCCAUCCAGAACAAGAAUAGCAGCUACUUUGUAGAGUGGAUCCCCAACAACGUCAAGGUGGCCGUCUGUGACAUCCCACCGAGGGGACUCAAGAUGGCCUCCACCUUCAUCGGCAACAGCACAGCGAUCCAGGAGUUGUUUAAGCGGAUCUCGGAGCAGUUCUCUGCCAUGUUCCGCCGCAAAGCCUUCCUGCACUGGUUCACGGGUGAGGGCAUGGAUGAGAUGGAGUUCACCGAGGCCGAGAGUAACAUGAACGACCUGGUGUCUGAGUACCAGCAGUACCAGGAGGCCACAGCCAAUGAUGGAGAAGAUGCAUUUGAGGAGGAUGAAGAGGAAGACAAUGAUUGAACAAUGCAAGGUGCUGUUUGUAGCCCUGCAUACACCCAUUAUGAAUGAUGUAUUUCCUUAAACUGUGAUUUUUCUUGUUUUUUUAUUUUUAUUAUUUUUAUUUUUUGAUUGCAAUCCUAGUCUAGACUAGGAGAGGAGUGAUUGCAAUAAAUAUUAUUGGAAGAGCUAA